AUGUGGAAGCAAUGCAAGACCUUUUCUCUGGAGAAUGGAUCAUUUGGAGAUAAAGAGAAGGAAAGGAUCACUGCCAUGUGCAGUGGUAAAAAUAUAUACGCAGGUUGUGUUGAUGGAAGAAUACACUGUUAUGAAGACAGGAAGCUAUAUUCUCUGCAAGCUUUUGAGCUUGAGUUUGAUUAUCUUGAGAGCUGUGAUGUUCCUGAGAAGAUUGUAGCUAUUGAAAGGCUAGAAAGCGGAGGUGUUGACGAGCUUUUGGUUGUUGGAAACGAAAGGAACUUGAAGGUGAUGAGGAUUAGGAACAAGGGUGCUACGAGAGAUAUAAUCGAAGGGCGGCAUUCUGAAUCCUAUGACAGUGUAUGUGUUAAGGAAUGCAAGAACGUGCAUCCUUGUAUUCUCAACAGUCUUAGUCUGAAUAACGAUGAGCAGUAUUUGUUAUCUUCUGAUUAUUUGAAGAUCAACCUGUGGAAACCUGAAAGAAUUGAUGGAUGCUUUACGGUUGUGGAUGUCAAGCCACAUAAGUAUAGUGAGCUGACGUUUGUUAUUAAUUCAACAAAGUUCAGUAAUGAAAUGAAUAUGGUGUUUGGAUAUUCCACAAGCUCUGGCGGAAUACAUAUCAAUGACCUUAGGGUGUCUUCGAAGUCUGUGGAGACUCUACGGAUAGAGAGUGCAGAGAUGGAAGGAAUAGAGGGUGCAGUAAGAUCGAUCUCCGAUUUCCAGUUUGUUGAUUCAAACCUGAUAGUUGCAAGAAGCCUGAACUCGGUUGCUUUGUAUGAUCUGAGAGGCACCAAUCACGAGGUUUUCACAACUGUUUUAUGCAGUAAUGCUGAUGAAAUUAAUGCAGUGUAUGAUUCUGAUGCAGUAUAUGCAAAGUUCCGGGUUUCAUGCACAAAAGCAUAUGGGUUUACUGGUGGAUUUGGUGAUUGUGCGUAUGCAAUCAACCUCAUUGAUGGAGAGAAGGAAGAGGUAUUUGUAUCUAACCUUCAAAAAGAUUCAAAGAAAGACAAGCUUAAGGUGGUAAGUUCUCAUGGAAAUGGAUUUAUUAUUGCUUGUGAAGAUAGAAUGAUGGAAUAUCAGCAGUGCAAAUAG